AUGAUCAUACCAAGACUGUUAUCCUUCCUCAAGCACAAUAUAUAUGACUGGCAAAAUCUCAGACUACAAGAUUUUAAAUCAGUGUCUGACUAUAACUCCGCUUUAUUUGAUAUUGUUUCUCGGCUUGAGUUAUGCGGUAUCAAACUCACUGAUGCGGAACUGUUAGAGAAAACUUUCUCCACCUUCCAUGCUUCGAAUAUUGUAUUGCAACAGCAAUACCGGCAGCGUCAAUUUGCCACAUACUCUGAAUUAAUUUCUGUGCUCCUCACUGCUGAGCAAACUAAUGAAUUUCUGCUCAAAAAUCAUGAUCUUAGACCUGCUGGCUCAAAAGCAUUGCCUGAAGCACAUGCUAACUCUGAGAAAAUUACUGGCCAUUUUAAGGGCUACAAGCGCAGACAAGAAUAUAAUCCUCGAAGGGGUGGCAGGAAAUUUAACCGCCCUAGGAAAUCUAACUUUGGCCCGAAUCAUGACAAAGAAAAGAAGUCAAAGAAUGCAUCUUUAAAAAAUACGGGCAAGCGUGGUGAAUCUCACGUCAUUGAAAUUAAUCCUGCUGCCUUAACCACUGUUGAGGCCAACAAUAUCUCUGUUGGUGGGACUCCUCUUGCUCCUGAAGUAGCAAAUGCAUCCCUGGAUGUCUCUGAUUUCUUUGAGGACCUCUGA